AUGCUCCGCUCGACGACUCUCGGAGUGCACGCUCUCGCCCGCCAGGCCCCCUCACACGUCGCGCGCGACACUGGCAAGAACAUCGCUCGCCGACUUCACUCCUCCCGACCUCCGCGCACGACCCACUCGCUGGCCUCGGAUGCGACUAAGGCGGCGCAGAACCCCUUCGGGAAGACCGCCAACUCGAACCGACGGAUCGCCCUGGCCGCCGGCGCCGCUGUCGUCGCUGGAGGUGCACUUCUCGCCUCGUCAGGUUCUUCCGACGACACUCCCCUUAUCCCUGCGCACCUGAACCCGAACGACCCUCUCUCCGCCCUCGACCCAUCUGUCCUCGCACGCACGACCGCCCACCUGACCGCCGCCAACUUGUCCGACCUCGUUCGUCAAUGGGUCGUCUACGCGGUUUCGGAGCAGUCGAUGCUCGUCGAGAUGGGACCGUGGAUGCUCGGCAAGCUGCAGUGGGCGAACGACAACAUCCCUCUCCUCGGCCCUGCCGUCUGGGCGGUCUUUGCCUUCGGCAUGGACCACACCUUUUACAAGGUCUUUGUCGGUGGCGAGUCUGUGCCAGGAUGCGCAGAGACUGUCAAGCAGUAUGCAGAGCGCGGCAUUGGCGUGAUGCUCAACUACAGCGCAGAAGCGCCUCUCGGGUCUGCCAAGUCGGGCGGAGGAAUCGACCAGGCCGCGCUGAACGAGAUCACGACCGCCGUCGCCGAGGCAGCUCGCCUCGCGCCUUCGCCCGCUCCCUCUGCUCCCGCCUCGUCUAUCAAGCCCUCUCUCCUCGCCAUCAAGCUCUCUGGGUUGAUCUACGACGCCUCCAUCCUCGCGCGCGCCUCGACGGCACUCACGAGCAGCACGACGGUCGCCCGAGGCGGCCGCCUUCCCUCGUCCAUCCCCUUCCCCGACGCUCCCGAGCUCACAGCCGAGGACCACGAGCUCCUCGACAAGCUCUUUGACGGCCUGCGCAAGGUCGCGUCCGAAGCUCGCACGCACGGCGUCCGUCUCCUCGUCGACGCAGAGCAGAGUUGGUUCCAGCCUGCCAUCGACCGCUUUUGCGACCUCCUCAGCGAGGAGUUCAAUCGCUUCGACUCGCCCUCCGCCGCACCGAUCGUCUACAACACCUACCAGUGCUACCGCCGCGACACGCCCGACAAGAUCGCUGCCGCACUCGAGCACGCCGAUGCGAACGGGUACGCAUUCGGUGCCAAGCUCGUUCGCGGCGCGUACCAGGAGUCAGAGCGGAAGCGGCAUCAGGGUACGCCGGCGUUUGAGGCGGGCGAGCCGUGCGUCGUGUGGGACUCGAAGGCCGAGACGGACAAGUGCUACGACGAGUGCGCCGCCUUGCUCGAAAAGCGUCUCGUCGAGAACCUCAAGAAGGAAGGGUCGUCAGCUGGCGUUGGCGUCUGUCUUGCGAGUCACAACGGGACGAGCAUGAAGCGGUUCCUCGAGGCGUUGCGGGAAGACGGUCUUGCGAAGGAGAUGGACGGCGGGCUCGAGGUCGACGAGCGGUUGCGCGGCCGCGUCGCUUUCGGCCAGCUCAUGGGCAUGUCCGACAACCUGACCAUCACGCUCGUCAACCUCCUCCGCCCUCCGCCGUCCUCCGCAGACCCCUCCCUCCUCCCUCUCGUCGUCAAAUACACCCCCUACGCAAACCUCGAACAAGGCCUGCCGUACCUCAUCCGCCGGGCAAACGAGAACCAGAGUAUCCUCAAGGGGGACCCGACGAGCGGGCGUGGCGGAGCGAGGGAGGAAAGGAGGGCGGUCGCGAAGGAGAUUCGAAGGAGGAUGGGGUUGUCGUUCUGA